UGAUGGGAGACUGUCACGGCCCAGCAAACACUGACAUGCCGACUGAGCUUAUCCUGGCCUGCCGACGCUCAUCUCAGGGUCCUAAAUUAGAUCCAUCGCCAGUUCAUGAAAGGCAUGCGUCUGACAGCACGCCUAUCAAAUCCCCGCAGAUGUGUGUGCAGCAGUGAGCCACACUGCUCAUAAAUACGCUAACAUGUAAAGUCAGGUCAGACAAAGUCCCCAAAUUGGCCCAGAGUCAGAGAUACAGCUGACAGACAGGAGAGAGGGUUUCUGCAUGAAAAUCAGCAGGAAACAGACACAUUCACAAACAAAAGUCCUUCUUAUUAAACUCGAAACAGCUUUAAGAGCAUUUAAUCACUGGUGGUUUAUACGGUGUCAUAUUCUAGGGGGAAAUAUAAGCUAGGAAAGCCUUUGACUGCUAAAAAAAAGACGAACAAAAAAUACAACUCCCAGAAGGCUCUUCGCACAGCGCGUGCGCUGUUGUACCAUAACGACGUGAUGAGCGUUUAUGUUUUCAGUAGCAACCGCGAGUUAAACUGAAUAAAGUCGUUGUAAAAGGCUGAAACAUGUCAACCCUCCGGGAUGAGACGGCAGCAGAUGUGCCGGUCAAGGACGUCACGGUGGACCUCUCCAGACUCACACCGGCUCCACCAGAGUCGUCGACCUAUCAGCACACCCGUGCGCGGCUGGACAUCUCGCGUGUGUCCCGGGAGGAGCUGGAGGACCGCUUCCUGCGGCUGCAGGAGGAGACGCUGCAGCUCAAACAGCACAGCCACAAACGGGAUGAUCUAAUCAAGAAACUGAGCACAAAGCUGAAGAGGCUGAUGAACAACCGUGACCGCAUGGAGCAGCUGGCAGCAGGGACAGCCCCAUCCUCCAGGGUCCGAGACGUGGAGAUGGAGGAGAUGAUGGAGGAGCUCCACGAGAAGGUCCGGGCCCUGCAGGCCGAAAACGAAGGGCUGAAACAGCGCCUCCUGGUGGCAAAGCAUCAACUCAUCAAUUGUCAGAGCCAGAGGCCGACGCCAUACGACCGCAUCCAGCCGCGAGUCAACACGGGGUUGAAGAAGUUCAGAGACGACAUGUCGUCUCCGUCUUUAAUACGACCUAAAAGUACGAGGAGUUUGGAGGGAGGAGGACGACCUCCGACUGGCCUGCUGCCUCGCUAUGGGCACAGUCUGCUGGAGGAGGCCAGAUCAGAGAUCCGCAACCUGUGCAUGUAAAGAGCUGAAGUUGUGUCAGCAGCAUGAUGGAGCUGUUUCUGGAUGCACGAGCACAAGACUCCAUAAGCAGGAUCGAUCGGCAAACAGACUAACAAUUCCAUACAGCUGGACUACUGGGAACCACUUCUCUACAAGAACCAGUUCUUAAUUCCCGUCCUUACCUAUGAGUCAUCCUGAGCUUUUUUAAGGCAAGGCAAGGCAAGUUUAUUUGUAUAGCACAAUUCAACAAC